CGGUGCGGUCCGGGGGGCUGGUCAGCAGUGUGUGUGUAUGCACUCUCAACGGAGCUGCAGAGGCAGGACUAUGCAACCAAGCCACUGUUAUUAUGAGCCCACCGAUGACACCAGAGUGUGACAUGAGGGAGAUGCUGACUGGCUGAAGGGAUGAAUGAAUGCAUGAAUGAGUGACUACCUGCUCCAGGCUGCUGAAAUUCUAACCACAGGGUUCUGGGCACUUUAUGCUGCUCGGGGAGAGGACCAGAGCUGGUACGUAGUCAGGCUGUGGCUCUGUGGGACAACCUGCCGUUGUGCUCUGAGUCGGAGUGCGCUGUCAGAUGGAGGUCACCGAUCUGGAUCUGGAUCCGGACCCCCGGGCGGAGGGGUCUGAAGGAGAGGGUCCGUGUAUCCCGAGCAGUCCUGGGACAGAGCCUGUUGUGCUUGAGUAUCCUGCAGGGUAUGAUCCGUACGGGGAGAAGAUGCCGUUCCACCAUGUGACGGCAGGAUUGCUGUACAAGGGCAACUAUUUGAGUCGCUCACUCUCUGAACACAGCAACAGCGAACAGCUCGCCAACAUCUCGGUGGAGGAACUAGAUGAGAUCCGGGAGGCGUUCAGGGUCCUGGAUCGGGAUGGCAAUGGGUUCAUCUCCAAGCAGGAGCUUGGCAUGGCCAUGCGCUCACUAGGGUACAUGCCCAGUGAAGUGGAGCUGGCAAUCAUCAUGCAGAGAUUGGACAUGGAUGGUGAUGGACAGGUGGACUUUGAUGAGUUCAUGACGAUACUCGGACCGAAGCUCCUGUCCUCUGAAACACGGGAAGGUUUCCUUGGAAACACAAUCGACAGCAUAUUCUGGCAGUUUGACAUGCAGCGGAUUACACUGGAGGAGCUGAAACACAUCCUUUUUCAUGCCUUCCGGGACCACCUGACGAUGAAGGACAUAGAGAACAUCAUCAUCAAUGAGGAGGAGAGCUUGAACGAGAACUCCGGGAACUGUCAAACAGAGUUUGAGGGAGUUCAUCCCAAAAAGAAGAAUCGGCAGACGUGUGUGCGCAAGAGCCUGAUAUGCGCGUUCGCCAUGGCCUUCAUCAUCAGUGUCAUGCUCAUCGCGGCCAAUCAGAUGCUGCGCAACGGAAUGGAGUAGUGACAUCACUGUGAGCGCGGCGGAGCCUGCAUGUGCAUGUCUGUCGAUGAAGUUGUCAAAAAUUAACCAACAAACUCGAGAAACAAAACCAAACACCUCACUACUGAAAAGAGGAGCUUUUUAUUCUUUUAUUAUUUGUAUUCUCCCGUUACUUUUCCAUGCGGACCAAGUGACACAGGAAGUGUAUGGCGAGCCAAGCCAGCAUGUUACACGGGGCCUCAUCUCUCAGGCAGGGACUUUAAAGGGCUGACUUUCUGCUUUUCGUGCCACCUCUGUUCCCUAAUGCAAUAACACGCAGGAGUUCAUAAGCCGUCACUGUCUCCU